CUUCAAACUCCGAGCGCAAAAAUGGCGUACGUUUUGCCCAAAUUUUGAAUGCAGAAUAUCAGGCAAUAUUACCAAUAUCUAGGUGUGUAGUUGGUGACAGAUUGUGAAAACAAGAUGGCUGGAAAUCUGUAUGGCGAGGAAUGGGACAGUGAUGAAUUUCAGACAGCUCUUAAAGUUGUCCUCAAGUGUGAACUACAAUCUCUUUUGGAGAGGCUGUCGGAGACAGGGGAAGAAACUGUGUUAUUGACAGCAAGUGCGACAGAUUUGUGUGUAGGACAUUUGGCCUCACCGAAUGCACUCCGAUUUGUCAACACAGCUGAUGUCGGGAUUGUUAAAAACAAAUUCCUGAAUUUUCUCACAGGAAUAAAGCCCCAGCCACAGAGACCAGGACAAGUUGCUGUAGGGCCAGUAACCAGAGGGGAUGCUGGAAAAGUGGCACUAGUGUCACCAGUUACCAGUGUGACACAAAAGGCCCCAAUUUCACCAGCUGUGACUGAUUCUUCAUCUAAGAAAUCAAACAUUAAAGCACUCCCCCCGAAUCAGACCAAAGUAGCUGAGAAAAGACAAUUAGAAACUGUUUCUGUGUCACAAGACAUAAGUUCCCAGUCACAUGACGCGAAAAGACGUAAAACUGACUCUCAGCUUCCUGUGGUGAAAGGAAAUGUUAAUACCUCAUUACAGACAUCUUCAAAUCCAUCAGUUACUCAGGCAUCAGCGUCUACUGUUAGUAAAGGGCCAGCCCCGAAAUUAAAAACUACCAAAGUUGUGUCAAAAUCAGGUGGAUUCACUGAAGAAAGGAUCUCGGAUGCCGAGUUUCAGAAAUUCUUGGCUCAGUAUAAACCAAACCUGCCCAAGGGGGAGGAUGAGAGUGGGGACCAGGCUAUGAUGGCAGCCAUGAUUCGGUCUGGUUCCGAGCCUCAAAUGAACCCACAGAAACAAUUUCAAACCAGUCAAGUCUCUAGUGUUCAAAAUACUCAAAACAAAGUGACCAGUCUAGUGAAUAGUUUAACAGAAAAAAAUACCAGAACUGGUAGUAACCAGUCUGCUAAAAUUCAAAAUACCCAGUCGAAAGAAAACCCUUCUGUUAAAGUGGAAAAUAAGAGUGUAAAUAAGGAAAAUAGAGAAAGUGUAAAUAGUGCAAAUAAUGAUAUGGUGACUGAAAUAAAAGAGGAAGUAGAUCCAACAGAUUCACAAUAUAAAACGGAAAAUCAGGUAGCUGUAAAAAAAGAAAAUGAACAGAAUGUUAGCAAAGAAAAGGAAAAGAGUAUGACUAUGCCAGGAAAUACACAAAAGAAAGAAGGACCUUCUCAGUCUGAUAGGGCAGGAUCUAAUCAGAAUAGAAAUAGGUUAGAAAGUAUUGAUAACCUUGACACUGAGACCCUUAUUCAAAUGACAAAAGCUAAACACCUGGAAAACAUGUCUGAAGCUGAUAGAGAAAUACAGGCAAAACUUGGCCAACUCUCAUCAAAAUUGAGCUGGGUAGUUGAAUAUCCAAAAGACAAAGGUCAGCCUGGGUCAUCUGGUCAAACCACAUCUGGCCAGCGGGGUCAAGGGUCAGAAGGUCCUGGGAUGCUUCCACCUAGGAUGAUGCUACAUGGUACUGCAUAUCAUGACAAUCAGGGUGACGAUUUAGAGGAAAUUGAUGAUGAAGAGUUUGAUGAUGAAGAGGAAGAAUUUGAUGAAGACGAUCUUGAUGAUGAGGAUAAAGCUGCGCUUAAAGCAAUGAGGGAAGCUCAUAUGAGAAAACUUGCUAAUUCGGCUAUGGUAGAUUUUGGGGAAGAGGGGGAGAUUUACGCAGAGGGGUUUAAUGUUUCACGUAACUUUCAUCCAGGAAUGGGUGAGGAAUUUCCUGAGGACUAUGAGGAUGAGGAGUAUGAAGGUUUUGAAGAUUAUAGUUCUGAAGGGGAAAUAAUAUGUGUUAAUACGGCCAAUAUUGGGAAUGACGCAAUGCCUGGUAGGGUUCAUGGACAGGGGGAUCAGGCAUAUCAAAGAACAGCGUCACCAACGUCUGAAAACUUUUUAAUGUUAGGACCAAUUAUGGCCAAGUGCUUAAUUUGUAAUAAAAUAGUGCGGAAAACUGAAAUGAAGACACAUCAUGAAGCACAUUUAAAUGAAGAUCAGUAUGAUGAAGAAGAAGAAGAGGAUGUUGAAGAUGAUGAUGAUAUAGAGGAGUUGGAAGCUAAUGUGGGGGAUGAGGAUGGUGGGACAUUUCAUGAGGAACAAAAGUCAUUACAACAUGUACAAGACCAGUUUGAUCCUGAGGGGGAGGAGUAUCAUCAGGAAGAGGGCGAGUAUCCAGAAGAUGAGGGUGAAUACCCUCAGGACGAGGGUGAAUAUUCUGAAAGCUAUGAAUUCCAAGGGGGAGAAACUGAAGAAGGCAUGGAAUAUACUGCCGAAAAAUUUGUUGCCGAAAAACUCGUAGCAGAAAAACUUGGCGAAUUCUCUGACUCAUCAAAAGACAGCAAAGACAAUAUUUGUGACAUCUGUAAUAAAUCAUUCAAAUCACACGGAAACAUGUUACGUCAUCGGAAAAAUAUUCAUAAUUUAAAAGAAGAGGCUAAAGAAACUAAAGAAGUCACGUUAAAUUGCCCGUGUCCCGUCUGUGGGAAAUCAUUCCGAUACUUACAGAAACAUAUUAAGAAAAUGCAUCCGGAGAUGGGUGACCAGUCACAUUCGGGAGAUGUCAGUGAAAACAGCGGUGAUAGUCAUUUGAACUGUAAUAUCUGUGGGGAAUUCUUCACGGAGGAAGAUAAACUAAAGGAACAUUAUAAAACUCAUGCCUAGUCAAAUAUGAGCACAUAAUGGUACAAGUUUGAAGUAAUAUAAUAUAGAGGUUGCAGCUACUGUUAGAAUGUCCCUGUCCUGAUAUGCAUUGCAUACAUGGAUGCUGUGAAAAUGAUAGGUUUGAAAUAUCCAUCAGGCUGUCACUUAAAGCAAGGAAGAUAAACAGUUUCUGUUAACUAUGAAAAUUAAACAACUAGUGCUAGCUAUAGAAACAAACUAUGUUAUGAAGAUAAACUGCUGGUUAUGAAGGUAUACACAAUUUCUUUCAGCUAUGAAGAUGAACAGUUUCUGUUUUCUAUGAAGAUAAACAAUCACUUCUAGCUACAUGUAGGAAUAUUAACAGUUUAUGUUACCUAUGUAUAUAUAAAAAGUUUCUGUUUUCUAUGGAAAAACACAAUUUCAGUUUGUUAUGGUGAUAACCAGUUUCUGUAUAUAUACAAUAUUUGUAAGUUAAAAAGAUGAAGAUGACAACAGUUUAUGUUAGCUCUGAAAAUUACAACACUAAAGGCGAUAAUAGUUUAUGUUAGCUGUAAAGACGAUAACAGUUUAUGUUGGCUAUACUAAAGAUGACUCCAGCUAGCUUACGGAACGUCGGUGGUUCUACUCAGGUACCCGUUCAUGCCUGAAAUAAUGCACGGAAGGGCACCUGAGGUCUUCCUCCACCAAUGGAGUAUAUGUUAGCUAUAAAGACGAUAACAGUUUAUGUUGGCUAUACUAAAGAUGACAACAGUUUAUGUUAGAUUUGAAAAUGGCAACAGUUUUUGUUAGCUAUGAAGUAUAUGUUAGCUUAAAGAUGAUAACAGUUUAUGUUAGCUAUGAAGAUGAUAACAGUUUAUGUUAGCUAUAAAGUAUAUGUUAGCUUAAAGAUGAUAACAGUUUGUAAGCUAUGAAGAUGACAACAGUUUGUAAGGUAUGAAGAUGACAACAGUUUAUGUUAGAUAUAAAGAUGACAACAGUUUAUGUUAGCUAUGAAGAUGACAACACUUUGUUAGCAUUGAAAAUGAGAACAGUUUUUGUUAGCUGUAAAAUUGAAGAUACCAGCAAUAGAUAGACUAUAAGUAUUUAACACAAAUUGAUCAACUCCGUUACAUUCAGCUCUGUUACAUAUAUUUCUUAAGCUUUGAUUGCUCCACUAUUUAUCAGUAUGUGUGGCCUAUAUUGAUAAAUGAGUUGCAUAUUGUUAAUUUUAUAAAUCAUUGUACUGAUUCUCAGCUAAAAGAAUUGUUUAACUUGCUUCUUUCAAUUUUUUAUUUGUCAUUCAGGGUUUGUUUUUUUAUUACAUUUUAAUUAUCAGUUAAUGGAUGUAAGUUUUGAUAUUAACUCUUACCACACUCAAUAUUAUAACUGGACCUAUACAUUUUUCAGACAAAACUAUUCAUCAUUAUUAAAGUGAUAAUUUCAAAAUGUUUAUUGCCUGAAUGGCAAACAUUUCUGUCUCAAAAUACCAACAACCUGAAAAUUUGAAAUUUGCAGCAUAUGAAGUUUUUGCAUGGAUUUGGCAUCAUUUGUUUACAUGUCUGAUUGUUACUAUUAUUUUGUUAAAUAUGAAAAAUUAUUGAAAUAAAAUUACAGUUGGUCUUCCAUCCUGCUUUUUGAAUUCUAAAGUAAGUUUCAAGUUUGAAUUCCACUUCAGAAUUUUUUCAGAAAAAAAAGGCACACAGAUUUUUAAGGCUUAUUAUUUAAGCAAAAAUGUCUCCUUAAUUUUUUACAGAGCAUACAGUUGCAAGUUAGUACUUUUUGUUCUCCCAAAACACCCUAAACUUACACAUAGCAGCUUUUUUUACAGACUGAUAUCUUUGAUAUUUGAUGUAUUUGCACCCCAUUUUGACCUCUACCCCAAGUCAUGGUUUAAAGUUGUUAUAGCAGCAAUGGCUAGCAUCAAUUUAUGUUAUAAACAUCUUUUAUACAGCAAAUUAUAUAAAUUCUUAACAGAUUGAUUCUACACGUAAAUGUAAGCCUGGAAAUAUAUAUAUACAUGUAAUAUGAUUUAUAUGAUACAUAAUAUGUGAUUUGUAAGAUAUAAUAUAAAUACACAUGGUGAUUCUGUAUUGUUCACAUAUAUUACAGAUGUUAAAAUGAUAGUAGCUUUUAUGUUUGAUAAAUAGCCAUUGUUUUAACCAUAUGGUACACGAUUGUCUAACAAUUCUUUUGUUUAUAUAAACAACAUGCCUUAAUAUUACUAUAUACAGGCCCUUUUUAGCUUGACUAUUCAAUAAGAAUAAGUAGAGCUAUUGCAGUCACCCGAGCGUCGGCGUCGGCGUAACCACUUAUGUUAAAGUUUUUGUAAUAGUUCAAAUAUUUUCAAAGUCCAUUGACAUAUGGCUUUGAAACUUUGCACACUUGUUCACCAUCAUGACCCCAACCUGUAGACAGGAGGAGGUAACUCUAUCAAGCAUUUUGACAGAAUUAUGCCCCUUUUUCGACUUAGAAUUUACGUUAAAGUUUUUGUAAUACAGUCAACUAUCGUUAUCUCGACAUCGCUUUUCUCGAUAUUUCGUUAUCUCGAUGAAAUUUUUAAAGUCCCGAUUUUCUUCCUUCUUUAUCUAUAUUGGAAAUAUUUGUUUAUCUCGAUAUUUCUAUUUCGACAUUUUCAGUAUCUCGAUGUAAAAUUUCAGCCCCAACAGUUAUUUUCACACUAUUAUCCUUUGUUUAUCUCGACUUCGUCUGUUCCCUUCAGACGUGUGAAAAACACAAUCUAGACGAUAAUUGCUCAAAUAAUAGCGCGUGUCAUAAUGACGAUUAUGUUUGUAACAAGUUUAGCUGUUUUUAUAAAAGUUAAUCUAUUUAGCGUGUUGAUUGACUUAUGUCCACAAUGAGUGAAUUUUUUCAUUCUUUUUAAAUAUUCGAACACUGUAUCAAUUCAUUAUGACUUUGAAUGUAAAUGAAAAAGUGAAAGUAUAGAAACGCUAUCGUUGCAAUAUUGUUUCACAACAUCACCACCAAAUCAAUCAGCGGUGGAACAAUCUCGAGAAAGACCCGAUAAAUAACCCGGGAGGAUAUCCGGAUCAACCAUAUCCGAUAUCCGAUUCACUAUAUUGGUGUAUUACUGAGUAAACCUCACGAUGUGUUUUUAUCACAGACACUCGUAUUUCCGCUGGUAAACAUCCGCUUAUGUUACUUUGUUAAAUAUUGACUAAGCCUAUGAAAACAAGACAUGGGGACAUUAUAGUUUAUUUGACAUAAGGUAUGCACAUGUCUUUUGUAAAAAUCAGUUUCGCCUUGUACUAACCCUAAUAUGUUUAUCUCGACAUUUCGUUAUCUCGAUAUUUUUUGGACGGUCCCAAUGACUUCGAGAUAACGAGAGUCGACUGUAGUUCAAAUAUUUUCAAAGUCCAUUGACAUAUGGCUUUGAAACUUUGCACACUUGUUCACCAUCAUGACCCCAACCUGUAGACAGGAGGAGGUAACUCUAUCAAGUAUUUUGACAGAAUUAUGCCCCUUUUUCGACUUAGAAUUUACGUUAAAGUUUUUGUAAUAGUUCAAAUAUUUUCAAAGUCCAUUGACAUAUGGCUUUUGAAACUUUGCACACUUGUUCACCAUCAUGACCCCAACCUGUAGACAGGAGGAGGUAACUCUAUCAAGCAUUUUGACAGAAUUAUGCCCCUUUUUCGACUUAUAAUUUACGUUAAAGUUUUUGUAAUAGUUCAAAUAUUUUCAAAGUCCAUAGACAUAUGGCUUUGAAACUUUGCACACUUGUUCAACAUCAUGACCCCAACCUGUAGACAGCAGGAGGUAACUCUAUUAAGCAUUUUGACAGAAUUAUGCCCCUUUUUCGACUUAGAAUUUACGUUAAAGUUUUUGUAAUAGUUCAAAUAUUUUCAAAGUCCAUUGACAUAUGGCUUUGAAACUUUGCACACUUGUUCAACAUCAUGACCCCAACCUGUAAACAGGAGGAGGUAACUCUAUCAAGCAUUUUGACAGAAUUAUGCCCCUUUUUCGACUUAGAAUUUACGUUAAAGUUUUUGUAAUAGUUCAAAUAUUUUCAAAGUCCAUUGACAUAUGGCUUUGAAACUUUGCACACUUGUUCACCAUCAUGACCCCAACCUGUUAACAGGAGGAGGUAACUGUAUCAGGCAUUUUUUUUACUAUCAAGCACUAAGAAUAGUCGAGCAUGCUGUCCUACCGACAGCUCUUGUUAAUAAAAAAGGAUUCCGUUUAUUAAAUAUAUUGGUCUUUUUAAAAGCGUUAAUAAGUAUAUUGGGUCAUUCUCUAAACUGAAAAAAAUCUGAGAAAAAAAUCAAAUGGUAACAGUUGUUCUGAAGGUGGUUGUUGUUGUGAACUUGUCUAGGUAAUUGUGUAAGUUCCUGAUUUUGAGAAAAAAUUGGCUUGAAUUUCUAAUUUUAGUGUAUUGGUCAUUUUCAAUGGGUAAAGUUUAUACAAAUUUAUUUUAGUAUGAGUGUGUUGAAAGCUAUAAGCUUAUUGAAACACUCUCAAAUCCGUUCUUUGAACCUGUACUUAGCAAUGAAUGUCAGCAAUUCUUAGAUUACUAACCUCUAUUAUGUUAACCACUCCGCCACGGCACCACUUUGUGUUUCAUUCUUUAUCAAAAUAUUGCUGAAUUUAUAAAGUUGGUCACACUGCAGGAACAUUUAGCGGGUUAGGACAGUCAGUGACUGAGCUGGAUUAGAAAGGAAGGAGUUAAUUCUAAUAUAAGAUUGAAUGAUGACUUACUUUUGAUGACAACAGGUUGUCAUAUAACUUGAAAAAAAAACAAAAAACUAUUUUUUUUUAGAUAGCUAUAUUAUAUUGUGUGAUGUUAUCCUAUGAAGUUAUAUUACAUCUAUAAGAUAAAAACAGCAUAAUAGUUUAUUGAUUUAUAAGAAAUGAUGAUUGUUUGGAUGAAAGUCGAGCAUAUGUAAAGUAUGUGUUUAGCUUUUUCAGAUUUUGAUGACUUGACAUUUUUUAGAAAAAAAUAUGUUAAAGAUAUAAGGAUUUAUGUAUUUUCAUUAAAAAUUUGUUAUUUCUUGGAUUUAAACCUGAACCUACUGGAACUGAAAGCCGUUGCCACUGAUUUAAACACUUGAUGAUUACUUGUGUGAUUGUAUGAACAGAUAUUUUUGUUUAACCUAAGCAUGACCAAAACAGGAAGCAAAGAUUCUUUUUUUUAUUCAGUUUACAUUUACACAUAAAGCACUUCUAUCUGGCAUAAAUAUUCAGUGCUGGCAUGAAACUUAAGUGCUGGAUGAUUAAAUAGGGAUACUACGCAUUUGAUUUGUUACUGAUUCCAUAUAUGAGGUCCUAGAACUAGGUUAGAUAUUGUUUAAGAAAAACCUUAACUUUGAAUUAAAUAACUUUAAAUUAAAGAAUUUUUAAGGACGUUCUCGGUCGUUUUCAUAUAAACAUAUAGGCAUAUAUGUUUAUAUGAAAACUCCUGAAAACGACUUUAAUGUUAAAAAAAGCUAAUGCAACUUUUAGUGAAGACAAAAGAAUUGUAGCAGAAGUAAUCAUUAAUCCUGAAUCUGCUGAAUGUUUGUAAUGGAUUUGCCCUGCUUUGAAUUUGGAACAGUCCAUUUAAAGUUUAAGGGAUUUCAGUAUCUAAAUAUAACAAGUUAAGCUACAGUUUUGUUAGAGCCUGGUCAGUGCAGAUAUACAGGCUGGCCUGGGUCUAUCCCGGUAGCAAAGGUUAAUCAUUUUUGGAUCCAGCAAGGUGAUGGUUAAACCAUACUUUUGUGUUGUUGGAGCUAAUGCUGAAUCAGUUCUUAACUUUAAAUUUGUAAUUUAUACCAAAUUAAUUAACUUUAUGUCCAAUUUAAAAAGCUGUUGACAAAGCAGUAAGUCAUGUUAAGAAAUCUGUAACAAGAUUUGAAUGUUAUAUAAACAAUGACAGCCUAGCUACUAGUGUGUUUAUAAGUAAUCUGCAUCCUGAAAGUGUGUGUUUAUAGAUUUGUACAGAAAACUUACAUGUUAGCUGAUUAUUUAGAUUAUUUUGUCUUUUUUUGUAACUGAAGUCAUGUCUCUAGAUACACAAUGCUAGAAACAUGUCAGAAUAUAUUUGUAUAGAUAUACAUGUAUAGUUUAAGGCAUUAACGUAAUUAUAUUUGUUGUACUGAAAUCGUAUUUUGUGCUAUUUCCAUUUGUUUUUCAUUUUGGGCCAUAAUGUAAAUGUGAAUAAAUCCCUUGAAUGGUGAA